GGACACAGACCCUACAUGAAAUCUGAAAAAACGCAUGUCUCUGUUUGGAAACGCCCCUUUUUGUUCAGCGCAAGACAUCUCUACACGUUCCGUCAGUGUGCUUGUGAGCGCGCGCUCAACUCAAACACCUACAACAACAUGAAGACAAUCUCUUUAUUCUUUAUCAUCUCUUUACUCUCUUUACUCAUCAACGGUGCUGUGACAGAGUCAGUGACAAUGUCUGAGGGAUAUUCCCUCACUCUUCACACUAAUACUGUAAUACAGAGUGAUGAUGUGAUCGAGUGGAGGUGUGGAGAUGAACUCAUAGCUAAACUGUGGCCUGUAUUACAAAGCCGGUCUCGGUUUUUAUCCUGGCCACUGGACAGAGGUUCAACCUCAGUGUUUAACGGCUCUGAUGGGAGAUUUAGUGACAGACUGAAGAUAAACUAUCAGACUGGAGAUCUCACCAUCAUAGACUUCACAAAUGAUCUGGCUGGACUUUAUCAUCAGAUCACUGGAGAGAAAACUGGAGAGAAGACAUUCAAUGUCAGCUAUCAGUAUGGUUUAGACAAAGUGACAUCCUUUUCAGUGAUGGAGGGAGAUUCUGUCAUUCUGAAAGCUGGCGCACGUGAUAAAAUGACAUAUGAUCUGAUAUGCUGGAGGUUUGGAAACUUGCCUCUUGCUGAAAUCGACAUAGAGACUGAAAUAAUGUCAACACAUGAUGAUGUUCACGGUGAGAGAUUCAGAGACAGACUGAAGCUGGAUGAUCGGUAUGGAUCGCUCACCAUCACAAACAUCACUACUGAUCAUUCUGGACUUUAUGGAUUAGAUGUCGACAGCAAUAGCGGAACACACACCAUACAACAGAUGUUCACAGUUACUGUCAGUGAUGAAGUGAAGUCAGUGUCAGCGACGGUGGGAGAUUCUGUCACACUACACACUGAUCUUUACCUACAGAGAGAUGAUAAGGUAGUCUGGGGGUUUGGACCUUACGAGGCUAAUAUAGCUACAACCUACAGAGACAACAUUAUGAGGGCAGCUCAAGAUGAUGAUAUUGACAGAUUUUUUGAAAGACUGCAGUCAAAUGAUCAAACUGGAUCUCUCACCAUCACAAGCAUCACAACUGACUACUCUCGACGUUAUGAAUUAUAUGUCUAUGGCAGGAGAGAAUACAUUCGCAAAAGAUUCAUUGUGAUUGUCAGCGAUGCAGAUGUGUCUUCAGCUGUUAAAGGAGGAACAUGUGUUGGUGUUCUGCUGGUUGUUGCUGCUGCUUGUGUGUGGUCACAGAUUCUCUAAAGCAAGAACACAAGAGCGUAAGAAUCAUGGAGAGAUGGAGAAAACAUCAGCACUUAGCGGACAUCGCCUUUGUCUUGACCCGGAGACAAUUUAUCGUUUAAAAACGUUUCCACAUCUACAGUUUACAUUAAACAAUGGUGUAAACCAGGAGUAAUAAUCUUUCGGUGCUAUAUCCUUUAAUGUAAUGUAAAAAUGUAGCGAAAAAUACAAGUCAGUCUGAGCACUGAAACACAACUAAUAUAGUACUGAAUAAACUUUUUUUUUUCAUUUUAUUCUAUCAUCUCUGUAUCUGUCUGGUGCUUCAGUAGAAGUGUUCAAUCCAAACAGACGUGACUCUUUUGGUGUUCCACAGAAAGGUUUGGAAUGAGAUGAGAGGGAAUAAGUGAUAAAAUAUUUUUAUGUUUAAGUAAACUAUCAUUGCAAGAACAUAAAAUAAUCAAAUAAUUAAAGUCCCUGUGAACUGGAAGUUGAGAUUGUUUUUACUUCCGUGUUUUGAUGCAUUCCGAGUGAAAUGGAAUUUGGAAUGAGAAAAACAGUGGGCGUGGCUUUCGUCUUUCUCUGUGAUUUGAUUGGAUGUAUAAGAACAGCCGUUGCAUUUUGAAAUGGAACUGGCAUCAGACUGACAGUUGAAGGGGAGGAGUUAAUGGAUGCUCCGCCCAAGCCGCCUAACAUGUCAUUUAAGAUGGACAGUCACUACAGGAAAGAAGCGCAUUUUCAGAUUUUAACAGAAGAUUAUGAGGGCACACGAAUUUUUAAAAGAGAACGACCCACAUUGAUGAACUAUUUACAAUAAACGCUGCAAUAUUUCAUGAAAAAUAGGCAUCGUAAUUUUUUAUUUCACUGGGACUUUAACUACAAAUUGCUCAAAGAUUAUUUUGUUGACCGUACUUGUUGACAUUUAAUUCUUUGUUGUUUUUUGAAGAAUUGAGAGUUCCCAGCAUGCAUUUCAUUGUGUUGAAUUGUGUGUUUAAUAUGAUUAAA